CGUUCGGUUGGUUUGGAGGCGGGUAUUUCGCCGGGUUGUUUUGGGUCGCACGCGGUGGAAAAUUACGCGCUGCGAUCGAUGUUCGGAUGUUGUGUUUUGGUCGAGCGGGGUUGAAAGGUCCAGCUCAAUAAUCAGCUGUGUGUUGUGUUUGUAAAAGGAAAUGCUUGAAGAGGUUGAAGUCUGAUUGGAAGAUAAUGGCAUCGAAUUCGUAGUGGGGCAGCUUGAAGAGCGUCAUUACAUUGUUUCUCUUUAGUUUUUAUACGAUGCUGCAGCUCGGUAUCUCGGUAUGCUGGAGAUAAUUCUACUUUCGGCGGUCCUGUGUACCAAAAAGCACUGCCCGAGCAAAUUUGCAGGAGUGAACACAUGUAGAAAGGAUAACAAAAGAUAAAGAAAACAGAAACGAAUUGGUUGAACAUUCAACGACCUGUGGAAUCCUAUUGUUCAUACAGAUGUGAACAUCGCAGGUGGAUUACAAGUGAAGCAGAACGAGUUAUGUCUACUAACACCAUAGCCCCUGUUAGGCUACUGCUGAGGAUGGUGAUUUGUCACAGGUCGCGUUUUCUUUCAGCUCGGCAGUUUGGCGUUUUGGACAGCGGACUAGGACGUCUCCCCCUGGCGAUUCCGAAGGAGUUAAUUUUAAUUAUUUUUAAGUGGCAGCAGAAGAAGAGUGGAAGAAAGCAACAGCUCGCGUCGACUGUGGAGAGCGGGCGCUUGCCGGCAAACCGGAAAAGCGCGCGCUUUUCGGCGUCAUAGACGCCACGCCCCCUUUUCGGGCAGUGUUGGCAGUUCAACUGUAGUGUUGCUAAAAUAAAAAAUAUAGUUAAAAAGAAUUUAAACACGCAUACUGACAGUGAAGUGGCUGAAAACAAUUAUCACAACAAGUGAUUUUUCAUAGUGAUUCGCGUCAAUUGGUGGUUUUAAAGUGCUUUACCGGAACAAAGUGAACUUUCGGGUACAUAUCCCACUAGUGAAGAUCCCUCAGUAAAGAAUUUUUUUGUGAUUAUCACACUUUUUUCUGCUGACUAUAUCAGUGAUAUAGUCAAGCAGAAGCAUGGCUUCUAGUAGCUCCGGGCCUCCGGGAGGCCAGGCUACAAACUUCUACGAGGGCAGGCCUACCGAAGCCACCGCUCCACUAUGGGCGGACCCCUCAAAUGGCAACCUCCAAAUACUGCUUCUCAGAGCUACAGGAGACAAGGUGCUUCCAACGAACCCCUUCACCGUGAGCAAAACCAUCAAUGCAGUUGCAAAAGAUUUCAACAGCGCAAAACCACAGCGCGAUGAAAAGAAGAAACUGCAAUACAUCUUGACAACUAGGGACGAGGAUGUUGUCGCAAACGGUUGCGACAUUGUUGGAGCCACGGCUAACGACCUAGUACUACACCUACGAAUUCCAUCGAUUUACAUGACCAGAAGGCGCCUGUCGGACGGCUGCGAGGAAAUCUACGUCAAUCUGCAACUCGGUACAAACAGGUCAAUGUAUUAUCAAACAAAAACUAUAGGUGCUGCACAUAAUUGAUGACAUAUUAACACCCACCACAGUCAAUCCAUCAACUUCAUCGGAACUGUACAAACGCCCAGACGCCUUCCAGUUCAUCAAACAUGCCAGGAACCUAGACAUCAAUCCGCAUCGGAUGUGCUAAUUCGGGAAAAGAUUGAGAUGGUGAGAAUAUAGCAUCGUCAAAUAAUCCGCAGGAAACCCUGACCUUCGAGAGUAAUCUGGAUAAUGUUUUCCUCUUUCCGGUGAAGCGAAAGCGAGAAUGCCAAAAGGUGAACAACGCCUUCGAACUUACAAGCACAAUUAGAUCAAGGCUACACACAUACAGUAUAUCCUCCAGCCACACUCUGACCUUCGUUCUCUGUGACCUAAAUAUUCCGCCGGAAGGAAUGCCGAGAACAUGAGCGGGCGCCUCGCUUCACAUAAGAUUUAUGGAUGAGUCGCACGGAGAUCGAUGGUGACGAACAAGAUCUGGACACUCAAAGAAAUGAUUUAACGUCCUUCGAGCAGAAGUUGUUUCGCCAAACCUCAAAGUUGUUUAACAAAAUUGAGCUGUCACUACCAGAUAAAAUUUAUAUUUUGAAGAAAUGUGAAACACAUUUUUUUUUUCCUGUCAUGUAUUUUUUUUGUAAAUAAUAAAUAAAAGCA